AUGAGCUCCUCUACCCUUGCUGGAUUGGCUGUUGAGGUGGAGGGCCUCCGCGAGGAUUUGCGGGUGGUCAAUCGGAAGUUGGAUCGUUUGCUGGAACUGGUUGUGGGGCACUUUGAAAAUUCUAGUGUUUCCAGUUUUGAACUGGUGGGGCAAGAAACAGGCGGCUCACCUGAGCUUUCUGCAACAGCACCUGCUCCAAUUAGCUCCUCCCCUGCUGCUGCCGCCGCAGGUCAGAGUUGGGCUGAACGUGAGCGGAUCUGCGAGGAGAUCGGCAAUUUCCUCACUCGAGCGCUUGCAGGUGGGCACCGGGGAAACAGUGGCAGGGACAAGUUGAAAUUGGCCAGCAGGCUGUAUUUGGUGGUCAGAGAUUUUAGUGGCACUGUUACCACUCGCCCCGUGCGGGUGGUUUCAAAGUUCUCAGAGGUCAAGGAGCUUUGCUCAGUGGGCAACAACUGGGGAGAUUCCAUCUUUGUUGGCCUGCCUUCCCAACGUGAAGGGCGAGCAGUGUGUGAGACGGCCGGCUUUGGCGGACUGACGAAGCCCAUUGCAUGUUCUUUAGCUGCCUGCGACGAAGAAAGCAGGGAGCGAAUUGCAGGAGACGUUUCAGUGCGAGGAUGGCUAGGCCUUUUGAGCCCUGCCUUGGAAGCUGGCAUCACCUAUGGCCGGGAUGUAGAACCCGACCACAGUUUUGGAGUUGGAGGCCUUGGGGAACCCUUAGUCCCAGAUGCGGAGGCUUUAGCCGAAGUCUUCAACGAGCGGUUCAACAUCUUCCACACUGCAGAUUCAACUGGAGGAGAUCCACCAGGGGCGCGAGAUGCCCCUGGGGAAAGAGCAGAGUCAGACAGAAUGGCUCAGCUCGAAGCCACUAUGCUGAACAUGCAGGAAAACUUGCAGAAGCUUUUGGAGAAGAAAGCCGGCAGUCCACCCUCCCUAGGCGCUCGACCAAAGGCUUCAGGAGUUCGGCCGGUUCCGGUCAGUGCAAUUGGGCCACCACCAGGGCUCGUGCGAGAAGACUUUGCCGGCUUGGACCCUCAAGUCGUUCGCUCAGCGCUGGACUCCGGGGUCUCAGAAGCACACCUGCGAGAAAUGGCGAACCUGAUGAGCAAGCACCCUCAGCGGAUGGAAGAUGUCCCUCGAGCGCCAGCAGGGCUCCGACAUGCGGGACCUCUGGACGAAUCUGGAGACGAAGAAGAGAUAGAUGGAGAACCGUUGGAGGAGGAAGGGGAUUCCGGAGGCCCAGUGGAGAAAGCCAUUCUUCAGCUCACCAAAGUAUGUCAAGCGUUAGCAAAGCCUCAGAUGAAGCGAGGAAGCAACAUCGAGCAGAUUCUGGACAACACGGGCCUGACAGGAGGAGCAGAAGGAUCUGGGUCAGUCGGAGCCAGAAAGAAUGCUACUGCCCUGAGAGCGUUGAAGAAGUGCCUUCUGGAGCAGCCGGAGUACAUCUAUCAGACCAUAGAGGGUGCGAUGGCGCAAGACUUUCAGAGCAGAGCAGCCAGACCUGGAGAACCUCUACAAGGAGGAUCCGUGCGUGGGUGGCUCGAAACGAGAUCCAGGAUCACCAACCACCAGGCUCAUGUUCGGUGGGCUUGGGCAGUUGGAGCCAUAUGGGAUGCCCUGAUACUGGGCAACAUCAAAGAAGCGCGGGCCCGAUGCGCUGUCCUCAUAGCAGCAGCCGAUCAGACGUCGAUCGACGCCGGCUCUUGGCUCCUAUCAGGUGUGGCCCUGUUGGAGCCUGCUCCCCCUUUUCACACCUUUGCUGCUCAUCAAAGCCCUGGGCAUCAAGAGUUGCAGCACUCCGCUCUCUUAGAUCCACGCUGGAUGGAGCUUUUCCUGUCCCAUGUGAAGGAGAUGGAUUCCUAUCAGGAGACCAAGCGGAAGCUAUCGAAGCCGACCGUUCAGGCGGGAGCUGCAAGCCGCGGCGACGACGAGAAGAUAGCAAAGGCAAAAGCGAAGAGCAAGGGGAAAGGAAAAGGGGCCUUGAAGCAAGCCGAAGUGCCUGCUCCGAAUUCAGUGCGAGUUCCUGGGUCUCGAGCUGGAAAGUACAGCGGCAAACAGCUGGGUGACGGGUCGCUCUUUGGCCGUUUCAGCUCUGACCAGAGCUAUACAGAAGCUGGAUCUCAAUCGCGCACACUGCCGAUGCCUUUGCCCUACCCUGAGGCUUGCUGUGCAGAAGUUAGAGGUAGUGGUGAAGAUGGUGAAGUUCGCGCUCGGAAGAAGCUGGUGAACUGCAUCGUCAUCUGCCUGAACUAUUUGCACCUUGGCCGAAGCACGACUUGGCCUGCGGAUUGUAGGCUGGGGAGAAAAUUAAACAAACCUCAGUGGGCUGCAGUGAAGCGUUUUGAGGGCUUCUUGGAUGAUUGGGUUUCAAGUGAUGUGUUUGGACCUGAAGAGAUGGGAAGAGUUGCUCCUAAAGUAGAAUCCAUGGAGGAUGUUUUGAAACAACUUGAGUCCAUUGCGCAUGAGCUUCGCACUUCAACUUCCUGCAGAUACUUCCCUGAAACUCACGAUGGUAAGCAGGGACCUCUCUUGAUGCGAGGUCGAGGUGAAGUUGUUGGAAAACUGGAUAGUUGUCCUUUCAGUACUUUCAAACCUGUGGAGGCUGAUAGACUGAAGUUUGUUGGUGUUCCGAGUUUCAAUCCAGUGCCUUUUUUGGACAAGCAGAGUGCAGACGUGAGUAAAGUGAAGGUGGGGGUCAUCAUAGAUGACUUUGUGACCCUUUCAGAAGUGCAGGCGGGGACUACUGAGGUCUCAGCUGGAGCCGCACUAGCGGAUGAACUAGAUCACAUUUACAGAGAGGUAGGACUUAUUCCCCACACCGAGAAGGGCUUCAGGGACUUGUUGAAGAGCAGUUUUUGGGGAAGUGAUUUCAAUGGUGAAGACGGCAGGCGUGGCUUCGCUCCCAUGGGAAGCUGGGAGUCGAAGAAGAGCUACCAGGAGAAGAAGACGUCAGCAUCUGAAGCUCUUAAUCAAGAGCUCUCCAGACACUUGGGACUUCUCCUUUUCAAUGACUCCUACUCUGAAUGUAUUUACUUUCCAAGUGCUGAGAAUCCUGCUGAUGAUCCAACGAGAGGACAAGACUUGCGGAGCCCUUCCAUGGAUGUUCCAGAGUUUUUGCUGGAAGCGAUGCAAGGCCGUUUUGGCCCAUUGGACGAAUGGUUGGCUUCUCACAAUAUUAGUACUUUGGCUAGAGAUGCGGACGAAGCUGGAGGACCUUGGCAGUUCAAAGGUGUCCACGGGUGGCUUGGCAGAAAAGCAGCCCGGGAAGUAAUCGAAACCCUGCAGUGUUUCCGCAAAGAUCAGAUUUUUCUCGGCACGAACGAACAAUGGCCACCAAGUGAAGCUGGUUUUUUAGAUUUAUUUUCUGGAGAAUGUGGAGCAGCGCGAGAGCUUAACAAGCUCACUGGACGAUGGGUUGCCACUUUCGAUAUUUUACAUGAUCCUUCAGAAGACUUGCUGUCAGGGUUUUUACAAAGACGUAUUGAGAGGCUUAUUUCACUUGGGGCAAUAUUGGGCUGGGGUGCAGCACCAGUGUGUUGCAGUUUUUCUGUAGCUGUCACACCACCCAUUCGAACAGUCUUGAGACCUUAUGGUAUAGCUGAAGUAAGCGAUAAGACCAAGAAGAAAAUCCUCCAAGGCAACAAGUCAGCUAAGUGGCUCCUGCGUUUGAUGCAAAUUUCUCUGGAUUCAUCUAUUCAAUUCUGGCUGGAAAACCCCGACUUGAGUUGGCUUUUUCGUUUACCGUGUUGGAAGAAGUUUGUUUUGAAGCACUGGGAAAAGCUUGGUUUUUGGCGGACAGAUUUUUGUCGGUUCGGCAAAAAGUGGAGAAAACGUACACGGAUCCUCACAACCACAGUACUCAAAAACCAAAAGACCCUCUGUUUGGGAGGACAUGUUCACCAGACUCUCCGGGGUCGCUCUGCCUGGCACAGGAAAAGCUGGACUUUGGUUGCUCAGCCCUACCCCAGGGGACUCUGCAGAGCCCUUGCGACCGGUCUGGCAAUUUCGAGCGGUUUGGUGGAAAGGGAGAAGUUUGACCCAGCGGAGUGCGCGAGGUGCUCAGGCUGCCGGAUAGGAGAAGCUACGAACCCUGGACCUGCAGGCCGGGGUCGGAACCUUUUGUUAGAAAAUAUCCCCUUGGUUGAAGCUAAGACUCUAGCCAUGCAGAGUAAGUACUGGAAGUGGUUUGAAGACUGGGCUUGUGGCGGUCUCAGUCGAGAAGCUUUCGGAGUUCUUUGCCAGAAACCAUAUUUGCUCUGCGUGCUCUUGAAAGAGUUCGGCAACUACCUCUUCUCCCAAGGGAAGUCACUUCAUGUCUACAGGCACUUGAUCGUCUAUGUGCAGAAAACUGUGCUUGAGGCCAAGCCCUUCAUGUCCCUUAACUGGGACAUGGUCGCCAGGUGGGAGAUGUUAGAACCCCCAACACAUAGGGUUCCAAUCCCCAGCAGCGUCCUGCGAGCCAUGGUCGCUGCUGCUGUGCUCCUGCGGUGGCAUCGCUUUGGGACAGCGCUUUGCUUGUCUUUCUACGGGAUCACACGACCUGGCGAAGUGCUUAGGGCAGUUAGAAAAGAUCUUGUGCUUCCAGAAGACUUGCUGCUUGAAGAACAAACGGUGGCUUACCUCCGAGUCGGGGAACCUAAGCCACGCCGGCGAGGGAAAGGGCGAGUUCAGCAUGCUUCCAUUCACAACGAGUUGGUAGUUCGCUUUGCAGCUGCUGUUUUUGGACAUAUACCUUUAGCCGAGCUGCUGUACCCAAUCUCACAUGGAAGUUUUCGGCGACGUUGGGACUUCAUCCUCAGGCUUCUAGGCAUCUCUGCAAGCGUCAAACUCACCCCGGGCUCUCUUCGAGGCGGCGGUGCUGUUGCUGCAUACCAUGCUGGAAUAGACCUUAGCAAACUUUGUUGGAGGAUGAGGUUGAAGUCACUUACUACGCUAGAAAGCUAUGUGCAAGAAGUCGCAGCAGCGACGCUUUUGUCUGAACUGCCUGCUGAAGCUCGAAGACGAAUCAAACAGUUCUCCGACAUGUUUGAACCCUGCUUGUUGGCUACCCUGGCGCCAAGAGCUCCUGUUUAG